UGAGCUGCUUACUGGCCUACGCCACUAGUCCGGAGACUCUGUCUGCACCAGGCAACCGCUGCAAAACAAACGCCCCUCCGUGCAGUUUUUGGAAGACGCCGAUUGGGCAAAUGGCAGCCGGUGCUUUCACGCGAUUGGCCGCCAAGGCUGCUUCUCAUGAUCGCCUCGUGAACUAGAGCAUUCUAUUCUUGCUCUAACAAAUUGCAGUUUCUUAUCACUUCCUGUUAGGCAGCGCUGAGUCAAAGCUGUGGGAGUAAAGUAGAGUCGGUGCAACGGUUUAGCUGCCCAUCAUCUCAUCUCCACCUCUUCACUAGUUGGUACGCGCCGGUGUCUCCUAAUAUCACACGCGUUUGUCUUAUGUUGCUUCCGCUCAGGGGGUGCAUUGUACCGUAAUUAUCCUAUCCAGCGCAUUCAGUAACAUAAGGCAGAAGUACACAGAGCCGAGGAAAGCCGAGGGUCCUCCUUAGGUGUCGUUACUUGGGCACCAUCCCAGCACUCUCCUUUGUGCAAGUUCCAAGCUGUAAAUCCAUAAGGCUGCACAUCCCACAGAAGAUCUGCCUUGGAACAACGUGUGAAGCUGGGAUAUUUAUAUGUUCCAAAGGGGAAGAUAAAUUAAAUUUGUUGGCUUACUCUUAAAGACUGGAAACAGCGGGGCCUGUCAUUAUUCUCACAGAGGAGUUUUUGGAGGCUGUAUGUAAUUAUAUCUCUUCAUCAAAGGCAUGUGCCAAAUUUGGCAGGAUAAGGCCCUAAUUUGCAUUGGAUCGUUAUUAAACUUUAAAGCAUUGAGUUUGCAAUGUGCUUAAACAAGGCUCUGUUUUAGAGAGUGACAUUGAGCACCUUUCCUAUAUGCAUUACACGGGCACAUGUGAUGCCCACUUUAUUCACUGGAUUUCAAUAGCAAUAAUAGCCAGACUUAUACCUCCAACCCAGAAUGGAAAACAGACAGUCAUCCGAAACCCUUCUCCACGGAGAAUUCGGAGUCUACCCGUCCAAAGGUAUUCGAUAUGCACUUAGCCUGACCCACACAGGCCUCCAUAUCCAGAGACUGGUCCCAAAGCCGGAGGAUGACCAACGCCUCGUGUUGCCGCUCAGCGACAUGGUGGGCUGUCACACUCUGCGCAGUCAUAGCUCCGGGGAUGCGUUUGCCUAUUUUUCCAUUUAUUACUAUCCGCUCAAGAAGAAAAAGGUCACCAUGGGAUCCAGCCGCAUCCGACAGAGAUUGGUCCGGACAUUCCGCGUGGACGAAGAAUCAGAAUAUAACAAAAACCUUGUUGUUGCUGAGAAGUGGGCAACUGCGAUAAAGUGCCUGAUUCAGGAAAUUCCUAUAGGCAGUGAAACAGAAUUUGUUCCUGAGCUUCUGCCCAGAGCCCGCAGAUUAAUGCUUUUGCUAAAUCCGUGUGGAGGAAGAGGGAAUUCCCUCCAGCAGUGUCAGACCCACAUACUGCCCAUGCUGACGGAGGCAGAAAUCAGCUAUAAUCUCGUACAGACAGAGAGACAGAACCACGCUCGAGAGCUAGUGCAAGGGAUCAAUUUGGAGGAAUGGGAUGGUAUAGUUGUCAUCUCCGGGGACGGACUGCUCUAUGAGGUUAUUAACGGUUUGAUGGAACGCCCCGACUGGGAAGAUGCCAUAAAAAUGCCGUUGGGAAUUCUCCCCUGUGGCUCAGGAAAUGCUUUGGCGGGAGCCAUCAACUACAAUGCAGGGUUUGAUCAGGCAAUGGGGUCUGAGCUGCUGCUGAACUGCAUCUUGCUGCUGUGCCGUGGUACUGUUAUUCCUAUGGACAUGGUGUCUGUGACAACCUGCUCUGGAAUCCGUUCUUUCUCAUUCCUUAGUGUAGCCUGGGGUUUUAUCUCUGACGUGGACAUAGAGAGCGAGAAGUACCGUCACAUGGGUUCAGCUCGUUUCACAGUCGGAACUAUGGUAAGGGUAGCCUCACUGCGGACUUACAGAGGCCGCCUGUCCUAUCUGCCAGUUUUGGAUGCUCACCGCCCCAUUUGCAGGAGCAUCACUCUGUCUCCCAAUGGGAGUUUAGCUCCGUUUCAGCGCUCCCAGUUGCACCGUACAAUAUCAGACAUUGGACUGUGUGAGGAGCGGAAUGUCAUGUAUAAGCGAAGUUCUGCUGCUCUCGACACCAAUGAGUUGCCCAGUUUUGAGACUUCGCCAUCUCCAAGUUCACCAACAGCCUUGCACUCCUCCAGCUUCAACUUUGACUCCCUCUCGGAUGACCCUUCUGAUCAGGAUUCUGUGUAUUCCAAAGACUUAAAGCCUCAAAGGCACCAUCAGGUAAAUGGACCCAAGGACGAUCUCUUGCCUCCUUUGGGGCAACCGCUGCCCAAGAACUGGAUAAUCGUGGAAGACGAUUUUGUCUUAGUGUUGGCCAUUUAUCAGAGCCAUUUAGGGGCCGAUUUGUUCACAGCUCCAUUUUCCACUUUUGACGAUGGUUUAAUCCACCUUUUCUUUGUAAAAGCCGGUAUCUCUCGUGCAGCCCUUGUGCGCCUCUUCCUGGCCAUGGAAAAAGGUACACACUUUGAGACUGAAUGUCCAUACCUCACCCAUAUUCCCGUUCGAGCCUUCCGCUUGGAGCCGCUCACACGAAAGGGAAUUAUUACUGUGGAUGGUGAGCGGGUAGAAUACGGGCCUAUCCAGGCUCAGCUACACAAAGGACUAAGUAACCUUAUCACUGGAUCUUGCAAAGUCCGUAUGGCUCCAUUCUAAUAGUCUAGUCUAUUUUGUGCAAUAUAAUAUUAACUGUAGCUUUCCUGAAGCUAAUAAUAGUUCUCAUUAUUAAGCAUACUGCCUACAAGGGAAGUUUAAUGACAAAAAAAAGUGUCAUUGAAAUGUAAGCAUGUGCCUAUCCUUUUUAGUGCCAGCCACUAACAGAAGCAUGUACAGCAUAGUUAGGUUCCCUAAUUGUAGUUCCCUGCUUCUCUACCCUCUGGGACACAGAAAAGGGAGCCAAUUAGGCAUUGUGGUGGACCAGAGUGGCUACUAAUAUUCUCAUAUAAUAUAACUCAUGCCUAGCUAUAAUGUCCAAACGAGCUUCCUAUGCAUUUGCUGAUGAUGCAAAAUAAAUGGCUUGAAUGAGA